AGAUGGAAGGAGCAUCCUGUUGCAGAGGGGUCCCUGCUCCUCCGGGCGGUGUGGCUGAGGGGGGCGGGGCCCUGUGAGGCUGCAGGAACAAACCACAACACCCCCCCUCCUUCUGCACACUCUGCUGCAACAUCACCGGGGAGGAACAAUAACCUGGGAGCGGAGCAGCCUGCCGCCUUUAUUCUCUGAUUUUCGGGUUUUUGGAGCAGGAGGAGGAGGACAGGGAGGGAGACAGACGGAGGGAAGAUGUCCUCCCUGCAGGUCUCCUCGUCCCGCAGACAGUCCUGUUAUCUGUGCGACCUGCCCCGCAUGCCCUGGGCCAUGAUUUGGGACUUCACCGAACCCGUGUGUCGGGGCUGCGUCAACUACGAGGGCGCGGACCGGAUCGAGUUCGUCAUCGAGACGGCCCGCCACCUGAAGCGGGCUCAGGGCUUCCAGGACAGCCGGUCCUCCGCAGCGGCUCAGCCCGCUGCAGCCAAAGGCCAGGCGGUCCUACUGGGCGGGAAAGACCCGCUGGGGCAGCAGAACCUCUACCAGGCGGACGGACAGGGGAAGACUCAGCAGCCGGGCCUGGACCGGUACAACCCGGUACCGGACAGCCGAGCUCGCUUCGACUAUCCCGCGAACAGCUGCGGCAGCAGGCCGCCCAAUGGGUUCGGAGGGCUGAACGGCUUAAAGCCGGACGACGGACCGCCGGAGCUGAACCGGCAGAGUCCGAACUCCCGGAGCAAACCCAACGGUGGGCUGGUGCCGGUACCGGUACCGGUCCCGCCGAACCUCAUGCCUCAGACCGGCUCCAACGGACCGACACCGCACAGCCUGGCGGGCAGACCGCCCUCCGGCUCCAUGGUGGUGGUGUCACAGCCGGAACCGAGCGGGAAGCGACCCGCCUCCGUGUCCAGCAGCGACCAGGAGCGGGAGGUCAAGGAGAAGCAGCGGAACGCGGAGGCGCUGGCCGAGCUGAGCGAGAGCCUCCGGAACCGGCAGGAGGACUGGGCCAGUAAACCCAAACCGGUCCGGGACACGCUGGUCCUCCUGUCCGGCUGCACUCCGUUCGAUGUCCGCUUCAAGAAGGACCACGCGCUGCUGGGGCGGGUCUUCGCCUUUGACGCCGUGUCUAAAACCGGGCUGGACCACGAGCUGAAGAUCUUCAUCGAGUACCCGAGCGGCUCCGGGAACGUGUUCUCCAGCGCCUCCGGGGUGGCCAAGCAGAUGUACCAGGACUGCAUGAAGGACUUCGGCAGGGGGCUGUCCUCUGGCUUCAAGUACCUGGAGUACGAGAAGAAGCACGGCUCCGGGGACUGGCGGCUCCUGGGGGACCUGUUACCGGAGCCGCUGCGCUUCUUUAAAGAGGCUCUGGGUGAAGACAUGCUCCCGCAGCCGCACAUCGACGGCAGCUGUCCGCUGCUGCCGACAUGCCUGCUGGCCGCAGGCCGGGCUCCAUCCUCCGGCAGCGGCAGCAGCAGCAGGGCCGGGGCGCGGAAGAGGAAAGCCUCCCCAGAGCCGGACUGUGAGGCCGGCCUGAAGCUGGAGGAGCAGCAGAGGCAGCAGUGGAUCAGCAGCCAGAGCGAAGCUCUCAAACUCUCCAUGGCUGCGGGCUCGUUUGCCGGGCCGCCGCCCCCCCUCACCCAGGGCCACCCCGGCGGAUCCACCCCACCGGAGGCUGCGGCCCCCCAGAACAGGCAGUCCCCGAUGGCCGCGCUGCUGUCGGUGGCGGACACGCUGGGGACCGCCUACUCCCCCAGCAAGGACAGAGACUCGGUCCACUCCACCACCUCCUCCUCCAGACACAACAGCAGCAGCCCGGCGUCUCCUCCCUCCGUACCCGGCCAGAGGCGCCUCUCCUCCCGCAGCGGAGAAGCCGGGCUGCCGUCUCAGUCCGCCGGUUCCAUGGACCAGGUUCCGUCUCAGAGCGUCCCUGACUCUCCGAUGGCCAACAGCGGCCCUCUGUGCUGCACCAUCUGCCACGAGCGCUUAGAGGACACGCAUUUUGUCCAAUGUCCCUCUGUCUCCAACCACAAGUUCUGCUUCCCCUGCUCCAGAGAGAGCAUCAAGAACCAGGGGCCCUCUGGGGAGGUGUACUGUCCCAGCGGAGACAAGUGUCCCCUGCUGGGCUCCAAUGUUCCCUGGGCCUUCAUGCAGGGGGAGAUCGCCACCAUCCUGGCUGGAGAUGUGAAGGUGAAGAAGGAGAGGGACCCCUGAGAAGCAGGGGGGGGCCAUGAUGUCCACCUCACUGCAAGAGAAAAACAUAUCAGGACCACACGGUGGUUUUAUUCUGCUGCUGAGCCUCAAAAAAAACUUUUUCUAAGAAACCAGAAUCAGCUCUUAAAGCAUUUAAGCUGCAUCUCUGACGGCGUCACAGUUUUUAUAUCAUAAUGGAAACGUUUGUGCGUUAAAUUGUGCGAAUGGAGCCUGUGUGUUCGUGUUUUCUUUAUUUUACAGAAUCUGACUAAAUGAAGCAAUAUUCAGUUUUAGCUUUCUUUAAGGAAGCGCAGAAAUGGUGAUUAAAUACUUCCAGAUGAAUGAAGUUUGUUUUAUGUCAUGAACAUCUGUUUAUUGAUGUUUUACCACUUUGAAUACGUUUAGCAGAUUUCCUAUUUAAAGUGUGGUGUCAGUGCUGUUAAUGCAGUGAGGGACAGACUAAAGCUUCCUUCACUACUUUGUAUACAUGUUAAUAAAGUAUAUAAAGAGUGCUUGGAUGUGUAGAUCUCAGUAAACAUAAAUAAAGGGGGAGUUUGGUCA